AUGCCGGAAUUCGUCGUUCACCAUUGGGAUGAAGCCGAGGAUGGCGUUUUAUCGAGGGCAACUAUGAAGGAGAAACUUCGAAAGAUGGGCUAUUCUGCUACUCCAUAUACCUUCAGCGCUGGGAAUGUUUUCGGAACACACACUCAUGAUGCCGAAAAAAUGGAUGUCGUUGUCGACGGAGAACUUGAGUUUUGUAUGUACGGCAAAUCGAUAAUCUUGAAGUCAGGCGAUGCUCUGGAAAUUCCCAAAGGCGAACCUCACUCGGCAAAGGUUCUUGGCAAUAAGAAGCUCGAAUUCUUUGAUGCCACAAAGAUGUAA